GCUCUCGACCCAAGCAUGAACGGCGAGACAGUGAAGGUCCCGAUCACUUGUUUGAGGUUCGACAAGCCUGAUGAUGGCUAUCCAUGCAUGGAAGAUUGGAUCAGCACCUUCGAAUCCAUGCUGUUCGGCGGUGUGGACUUGGGAAGGAGCAUCAACCAGGUCAAAGGUUGGACGCGGUCCAGUGUGGUGAUGACUAUGCUCCUAGCUGCAAGCGAGAUCGACAUGACUGAUCCCUCACGCGCUGAGUGGCUCAAACCUUUGGUGCCAUUCACCUUCGACAUGGACCAGACCUCGCGAAGCUUCCGCAAUAUGACCCUUUCAUUCCGCGGCUCGGAGAGGCAAAGUCCCAACACUCUCCAAUUGUCUCUUCGCUUCUCCAAGUUAAUGGAGAUUCGGGAGGCCGAUGGGCGUCACCUGCCUUCUAUGACUGCGGAAGAGCGGUUACGCGAGAUUGUCGAGGAGUUCAACUCGUCGGCCGGGUUGCAAGCAAAACACAAGAUGGACGAAGAUCGCUUUCGUGCUAUGUUGAACAUCAUUGGAGGCACCACUGCAUCCCGCAACAUUAUUCGAUCCCAUGUCGACCACCACAAGUGGAAGGAGUGCUGCUUCAGCACUGAGCAGUUUCGCUCACAGCGUUGGUUGCUGGGGACUAGUCCCAAGUCCACCAGCUGCCCUGCCGAACUGAAGAAAGUUCUCACGGUGAAUGAGGAGGCCCAAAGUCUGCACUUGCAGCUCACUGUCCAAUGUUUCCUGGACAAUGGCAGGCGGCUCCGACCGAGCGCAAGGCCAAGAGUCCGAUGGUCUACAUCAACCUUUGAUGCGCAUUGUGACUUCGCCUGUGUCUAUGCAUCGGUGCUUCGGGAGGCAAGGCUUCUUGCAAGCUUCACUGAAGAGAAGGAGAAGAUGAUUCUGAAAGCCUUUUUCCAAAAGCUGGCAGAGAACCUGAUGGAGAAGUGCUGCCGCAUUAGCCUCGUGACUGACAAGCAAGCAUUGGAUCCAAAGACUGAAGCUGUCUUCAGGCAAACCGCUGCAACCUGCAAGGUUGGAGUGACUGACGUCUACUCACUGCUUUAUGUGGAUUGCACCAAACUUGGUGUCUUGCAGCAAGGUGAAAUCAACCACAUUGGUAGCAUGGCAGAGCGGCAUUUGAUGCGAAACCCUUCCCGUAGCGCUCUGGUGCUGAUCCCGCCGCUGCUGGUGGGCUCCGACAGCGCUGGCACAUUGCGGAAAGAUAUCAGGAAGUUGGAAGACAAGCUGAACGCUCACAAGAUCGAACUUCGAUCGUUCACUUUGAACCUGAACAUUGACCAGCUCCACAAGAACCGGGAACUUCCAAUGGGGUUCGUGUGCUACAUCGGGGUCCUGGAUUCAUCAUUACCGUUGAGGGGCACAGCUCACAGGGUUGUUCGGGGUGGUGUGCCAGAACCCGAGAGCUCAGUGAAUGUGUUCUGUUCCAGCCCUUUGUGGCUGCGCCAGGCCCUUCCUGCCACUGCAUUCCCACCUGCCUUGCCAGAAAAGGAGUUUGUCGUUCCAGGCGAAGCGCUCCUCUCUCACAGUGAGAGGCGGAAUCUAACGGAUCUCCAAGAAACAAGCCAAUGGCUUGGAGGCCAAGCAGUGCCAUCAGCGGUUCUGGAGCAUCUUUGCAGCCACUUGAAGACCCCAUCAGCAGUGGUUGUCUUGCACCCUACCACUUACGACGGGUGUGUGGAGCUAGCUUGCCUUCAACAUGGGUACGCUGCGGUGGGAUCAUCGGCAGUGGAGAGCUAUCACAAGUGCUCGAGAGAAGUUGUGAAGAACCACCUCUUGCAGGUUCGCCUAUUCCAUCAACAUGGAACCAUGUUUCAAAGUUGA